AUGCAGCUCCUGAUCAACAGCAACAGCAGUACAGAUGAUGUAUGGCCACCGCGGCGCCACCAGCUGACAGCGUCUGGCCAUCGAGAGAGAGAGAGCGAGAGCGUCUGGGCCCCGAUCUAUGGCCAAAGGGACCUUGGAGUGGGUCAGCUGGAGCACCUGCCUCCUCCUGCGUCACACCUGCGUCACACCCGCGUCACACCUGCACGGGGACAGGGCGGCCCUUCGACUCACCAACCGCCCCGGUUUCCAAAGAAUAUGGAAGGAGAAGGGGACGACACGGAGCCAGCCGCCCGCAGCUGCUGCAUGGAUGUGGCGUGUCAGCUGAGAUUCAUAAAAACAUGGCGCAUCCAAAACACCGGGGAAGAUGGGUGGCCAAUUGGCUGCAGCCUGAUCUUCACGGGCGGUGAGCAGCUUGGGGCGCCUUCGCAUGUGUCUGUAGCUUCCCUGGGGGCUGGGGAAUGCGCAGAUGUCUCGGUGGAGAUGCUGUCCCCUGCCGAACCUGGACUCUACUCAUCCAAAUGGAGGAUGAGCACAACACAAGGAAAUUUUUUUGGAGAUACGAUAUGGGUCAUAGUACCAGUUGACUCAGGUGGUACCCUAGCCCUUAUGCAGCAAAUGGUAAACUUCAAGGCCCUGGGUUCCCCCCCUUCCAGCACUCACAUGGUCCCUGCCAACACGAUGUCCAACCCCUUUGCCCCACUUCAUCUUGGCCAGCAGCCAGACAAGCCACAGCAGUCUGAACAGGAUUUACAACAGCAACAUCAACAGCAGCAACAACAGCAACAACAACAGCAACAACAGCAGCAACAACAGCAGCAGCAGCAGCAGGAUUUACAUCAGCAGCAGCAGGAUUUACAUCAGCAGCAUAUACAACAACAACAGCAUCUUCAGCAACAACAGGAGCAGCAACAGCAGGAACAGCAGCAGCAGCAAUUAAAUGGAAAUUUUCCUAAUCGAAGCCAGUUGUUAACCAAUGACCUUGCAACUUGUCGGGUCCCCACCCCAAGUUCCCACCUAGAUGGAGAUGGAGACAUUGCCAUGAGCUAGUUGUGUCGGAAUGUGUUAACCUACAGUGAGUUAAGGCAAGCUUUGAAAUUCUUCUUUGUCUUUUUUAUUUAUAAAUUUAUUUUUUUCAUAAAGUGGGUCCAGUGAUAACCUGAGAACCUUGAGGUUGAAAAUAAUGAUUUAUAAUUUUUAUGGUAGCUCACAAUGUCUUUCCCAGGACUGGAAGUGGAAGCAGCAACCAUCUUUUCAAGUUAGGCCAGUUAUGUAACUGUAAUUAGUUAAAAAGACAAUAAAAAAAGCCUCAAAAUUUAUAAAAGCAAAAACUCAGCUGCAACAUGGAGUAAGUUUCUCUGCCUGUUAUAUGUGUUUCAGGUCCUGGAACAGAAGCCUUUAUUCAGACCCUCGUGACUGUGAGUGAUUAUUUUAGUUUUCUUAUCGUAAAUUGUUCUUUCUCCUUUAUUCUCCCUUUUUUUUUUUUUUUUUUUUUUUUACUUUCCUUUUUUUGACUUGUCAUUUAAAAAAGAGGUUUCUCAAUUUUAAACAAAAAUAUGCUGUGAUUUCAUCCACUCAUGCCUGAAUGUUGUAUGGUAGAGGCACAUCGAAUGACUGAAGACACUCAUCUGUCAUUGUGUAACAGCAAGACACACUGGACAAAAAAAAAAAUGCCUGCAAACAACUUUAAAAAGGAAAUGAUAGGUUGUACGUCCAAAAUGGAAGCAUGCGUCUCCAAGCUUUCCUCAUAAUAGGAGACCGUGAUUUUCACUAGAGAUACCGUUUAUUUAGCAGUUGGGCGAGUCAGCUACAAGAAAAUAUUUGAUAAAAUCAGCAGUGCAGUUCUUGUUACAAAGUUGUUGCUUUGUUUUUUUCUCUGUAGAAUUUAAUGAUAGUCCAUAAGUGACAGUUGAAUUUAUGUUUUUUGUGAAUAAAUACAAGACUUUAUUAGAAGAAUGGAGAUGUGAAAAUAGAUAUGCUACAGAGUUGGCAAGAGGGAGAUAUAGAAUUAAACUUUAUGAAAUGGAGGGAACAGAUAAGUAGGUAGAGAAAUAUAGUAAGAUAUAAUAUAGACACUAUUAAAUUAGGUAUGGAGGUAAACACCCUGAUAAAAUGACAAAGGUAACAGUUGAAGAAUGAAUAUUGUCAAUUGGCUUACAGUGUCAUGAGAUUAAUUACAUUUUUAUUGGCGUUGCAUAGCUUACUUAUUAUAUAUUGAUAUUUUUAACCCUGAAUUUCUUCCUUUACUAAAAGAGAAAGUAUAUAUUUACAUAUUUUACUCUGAAGGAUUAAGAAACUUUGUGUGUAUCUACUCAGAAAGACAAAGAAAUUUAGUGUGUAUAUUGGUAAGGAUGAGGGUAUGUUUGUGUGUGCUUGUGUGUUGCAUGAUAAGCAGAUCAGUAUCACAGUAAAAUUUCAUGUUACAUCAGUUUCAUGUUCGAAAUCCAAGGCAAAUCAAUGCCAUAAUAUAAGAGGCUAAGUGUAACUUUUCCUUAAGGAGAGCUGAGACGCUAAUUGUGUUUUGUGAAAUUAGUUUUUCAUUCUUUCUCGGAUGCAAUAGCACUAUAGGAAAAUGGUUAUUCAGGCAGCACUAAUUAUGAAUUAGAUGUGGGGGGUGGGGGGAUGAUUUUUUUUUACUUGAAUACAGCUUGGGAUUUCAAGCCAUAAAGCUUAAUUGUGCAGUUAUUGGGUUAACCCAAACCACAGAUCUACCAACUUCUCUAAAGUUCUAAAGAGCAAUGACAUGGAUUGUAAAAGCAGUGAAUGCCUUGGUUUGUAAUUUGUUACUUAUAUAAUGAACAUGAAAAAGAAACUGCAGUCUUAUUCAAUUCUACAAUUGCCAAUAUUUACAUGUGAGAUUUAUAUAAGUAAGUGAAUGAGUGAGUGAAUGUAUGUGAGUGAGUGUGUGUGUGUGAGUGAGUAUGUGUGUGAGUGAGUGUGUGAGUGAGUGUGUGUGUGAGUGAGUGUGUAAGUG